ACUCUCGGAGUCACAAACAGCUCCGGCGGCAUGAUUCUCUCGCUGAAUCCACAGCUGUCCGUGGGGACGGAUAAUUUCCCCUGAAAAUAAAGUCCUCAUUUUACUGUGAGUGUAAAUCGUGCUCAUGAAAGCUCGUGUCGUUAUAAAAAUGUGCGGCUGCACAUCAGCUUGACAGGCUAACAGCUGAAGCUAACCCAUUCAACAUAUGGGACUCGAGUAGACUUCAUUCUUUGUAGCACAAGUUUUUAUUUCUCUACUUUUCUUCGUAAGUUGGAGGCUAGACCUUUGUAGAAACACUGCUGCUUGUCAUUAUAAUACAGUUAAAAAAUAAAUAAAUGGAGUCGCUAACUACAAAUACUGACGUGCGACUAACGGUGACCCGGUGUUUCCGCACACUCAAGUCAUCCACGGACAGCUCAGACAUCAUUACGGCUCUUCGGACACUCCACUCCUACUUGGAUGAAGGACCGGACAGCACAGCCACCUCAGCUGAGCGUGCAGAGUUCAGGAGAGCUCACUACUCUUCCGCUCUGCAGCUGCUGGUCAGCAACAUUCAGGCUGACUGGUUACACCAGCUGACAGCAGCCCAGCGCGCAGAGCUGUGGGACGGCCUCUUCCUCGCAGGACCUCCAGAGCAGGCGCUCCUGGUGCUGAUGGAUGCAAUAGGAGAGCUGAGGUGGGUGGUGCUGGGUGUGACGUGCUUAUCAUCAUCUUGUUUAAUAACCUUAAUGCCUGUGUCUCGCCCCUGCAGACCCACCUCAAAUCUGGACCACGUGGUCAGCAUCACUGAGAAGUUCCUUCAGCGUGGUCGCCUGGCUGAGCUGCUCUGGUCCUACUGUCUGGAGGCAGCGCCCUCUGACUCGCCACAGCUCAGAGAGACGCUGCUGGGGCGUAUUAGCGCGUUGCCAGACAUUACCGCCAACAAGCUACAGCUAAACAACAGAGCUCUUUUCCGUCCUCAGCAGUACUACCCACUGCUGGCCACAGAAAUGCUCACGGCCCUGGAGCACACCUGCCAGGCACUCAGAGCUGGAACGGACUGUAAUUUGACUUUUGUGGCUCAAACACUUGGAAAAGUGUGUAUCCAGGGGCACAGCGGUUUGGUCUUGGCUGUGAUGGCUCCUCGUCUGUCCGCGUGCACGCGCUCAGACAUGGUGUGGCAGAGGGUUUGCUGGAAGCUGCUGGAAAAUGUUCCCCAGCGAUGGAUGGAGAGCGUGCUCACUGGGCUGGUGCAGGCUAUUAGUGGGCCGGACGCACUGGGCAGGAUCAUCGGAAACCUAGUGCUGACAAAUAAAAAGGCUCAGUUUGUCAUCACUCAUAAACUUCUGUUACUGCAAUAUAAGUAUGAGACUCGUGUUCUGAGAAUUAUUCUUGGUUACCUCGCAGCAGACAGGGAUCGCAGACCUCUUCUUAUCCAGGUUUUACGGUCUGUGUCCCAGGCCUGGUCUAACUCCAGCGCAGUGAAACACACGCCUCUGGAGCAGCAGUUAUACGUCAGCAAAGCCCUCCUGCUGAGUGUGAGCCUGCUGAAAGACUCUGAGAUACAGGAGCUACGCUCAGAGUUACUUCAGUGUAUGCUUGGCGGCAUGCAGACCCACCUUGACAGCAACGUGGUGCGGAUCAGGCAUAUGGGGAUGGUGAUUGGAGAGUACCUGAGCUCCCGCAUGGAUAUCAAUGGAACCAAGCUUAAAUUUGAGUACGAUCAGGACGAAGAGACUCGUGAGCUGCUGUCUGUAUUGGCUCCCGGCGCCUGUGACGAACCAGAGGCUGAGCCCGUAAAUAGAGCUGACGGUCCUCAAGAGACCGCUGAAACAGCUGAGUCAGCUCAGAAUGCAUCGCAAACUACAUCAGGAGCUCAGGCAUUAAAAACGGAUCCAGACUCUGAUCUCGAUAGUGACGAUGAGCUCACUCCAUAUGAUAUGUCUGGAGAUCAGGAGAUCAGUAAGGCGUCCCCGCCUCGCUACCUACGAGACUGCCUGGAAAUUUUAAUAUCCUCUGAGGACCCAGUGCGCGUGGAGCUCGCUUUGAAAGCUGCUGAAAGUUUGGUGCGGAAGAACAGUUUUGCAGCCAGAGAGAUCAGUGUCCAGAUGUCCAAAGUCCUCCUUCAUAUGGACGACAAAUACAACAUUAACGGCUUCCUGUACCUCAGGCAGGCGACGAUGGUGGCUCUCACUGUCACUGACUGUAUUCCUGUGGCUCACUAUUUAACUACAGAGUUUUACUCCUUGAACUACAGUCUGCGCCAGAGACUUGAUAUCUUGGAGGUUCUUGCCUUAGCAGCUCAGGAGCUCUCUAAACCAGUCACUGAAAAGAAAGCUGCAACCAUAAGCUCUGCUACAACAGCUGAGUCGACUCCAUACCCCGGUGACAACCCUGUUCACUGGCAACAGGUGGUAGAAAAGCGAAUCCAAAGCAAGACAAAACGCCUCACUAAGAAAGCCGUCCAACCUGUUACUAAGGCAACACCAAACCGCUAUGCCCCUGUUGCCGGGCACUUCUUUUUCCCUCUGCUUAAAAACUAUGACAAGCCUCAGGUGACCUUUGACCUGUUGGGCAGUGACCACCUGGUACUGGGCAGGCUGAUCCACACUUUGGGCCUCUUUAUGCAUCUAGCAGUCAAUGCACCGAUAGCCGCACAGAUGGGCUGCGCUUUGCUGGACUUUGUGUGGGCAGUGCGGUACCAUGCUGACCAGAUGGUGAGACGAGGCGUCCUCUUCGCUGUUUGCUCUGUGUUUCUGAGCAUGCCCAGUCAGAACCUGCUGGUGGACAUCGGUGAUCAGCUGUUUGAGACUAGGUCUUGGCUGGCAGAUGUUGCUGAAGGAGACCCGGAUGCAGAUUGCAGGAGUCUGGCGGUGCAGAGCCUGGUGCUGCUGGAUAAGAGCUUGAAGAAGCAGCUACAGGAUCCACAAGCGCCGACUGUGGAGACGUGACACAAUGUCAGCAAUGUACAAUGACAUUCUGGGUGUGUGAAUACCCACACAUGAAGAGAAAUGCGUCUUUAAUGUAGAUAUGGAUAUUUGGUGGCCCAAGGGGCCAGCCUAAGGGAAAUGGCUGAUCCCAAUGGUCCAGUGGAUGUUAAAGGAUGUUCCUUUAGCUCAGGCAUGAAUCCUACUUACUGCAGGUGCUGCUUCUUUAAAAUAUCCUGCAGCAUAGUUCCACUCAGAAAACAUCUUCUCACACAUGCACUAAUGGCACAUACACUGGUUUGUGUAUUCAGUGUCCGAUUUACAAACCAAAUGAAAUAUUAGAUUGAAGAUGAAGUUUUCCUUAAAUAAAAAAAUGUUUAAAAUGUAUUAAAAUAUUUUGUUAUGAGGA